AUGGUAACCGGCAAGAUGCUCCCCAGAGAUAUGCUCCCCGGAUAGAAACCAUUAUUUGAACAUCAAGGUUAUCUCUAUACUGUAAAUAAACAAUCAGGUGACAAGGUGAUAUGGUGUUGCCGUAAUUAUCGACAUGGUCAAUGUCGCGGUCGACUUCAUACAAUCAACAAUCAAGUUAUUCAAAUAAUUGGUAAUCACAAUCAUGAACCAAACAGUUCGACUGGGCAAGUAGCUGCAGCACGUACACAAAUGAGUGAUGCAGCCAAACAAAGUAGUCUGACAACACAUACUAUUGUAGCUGACGCUGUGUCCAAAUUAUCUGAUAAUACUAUCUCAUCAUUACCAAAUUUACUAAAAAAUCUUAAACGCAAUGUUCGAAGAAUCCGACAACGAAGUCAAAAUCCAUUAUCAUUAUCAACAACUCGUGAUUCCAUUGUCAUUGAUCUGCAGUUCACAAUAACAGCUCGCAAUCGAACAUUUUUACAUUUCGAUUCGGGAUCCAUCUAUCAACGUAUAUUAAUAUUUUCAACAAAAAGACAAUUAAAAAUAUUGGAAAAUGCAAAUUAUAUAUAUUUAGAUGGUACAUUUAGUGUAGUUACAGAGUUGUAUUUCCAAUUAUAUACAAUUCAUGCUACAUAUUUAAGUCAUAUAUUACCAGUUGUUUAUAUAUUGCUGCCAGGUAAGAAACAACGUUUAUAUAAAGAAAUGUUUCAACAGAUAAAGAAUUCAAUACCAAAUUUUGAUCCACCAAAUAUUAUGAUUGAUUAUGAACGUGCAACUAUUAAUGAAAUUCAAAAACAGUUUCCAAGUUCAAACUUAUCCAGAUGUUUUUUCCAUUUAUGUCAAAAUGUUUAUCGUGCUGUUAUACGUUUUGGCUUAAAGACAGUAUAUAGUGAAAAUGAAGAUUUUGCAAAACAAAUUCGCUCAUUACCAGCAUUAGCACUGUUACCUGUUCCUGAUGUAAUUCCUACAUUUGAUGAAAUAAAGGCGCAAUUUCCAGCAGAAGGUGAACCUGGAUUAAAAUAUUUUGAAGAAUAUUAUAUAGGUGUCAAAGAUCGUUUAUCACGGCCAAGAAAAGCAGCAAAAUUUGAUAUAUUAUUAUGGAAUGUAAAUGACAACACAAUUCAAGGUCAACAUCGGACAAAUAACGCUGUGGAGUGCUGGAAUAACAGAUUCGCGUCGUUAAUAAAUUGCAGCCACCCAAAUUUUUGGAAAUUUUUACAUGAUUUAAAAAAAGAACAAAGUUAUGUUGAAGGUGAAAUUAUACAAGCAAUAGCUGGUGUUAGAAAAUCGAGAAGAAUACAUCAAAUACGCCAAGAAACACGUAUUCUGAACAUCAUGAAUGAACCAACAAUAACCAAUUUUGAAAAAGUUAUGGCUUUAGCUCAUAUUAUUUCGUUAAAAAAGUCAUAA